GUAAGGAAGAUAUUGCGAGAGCUUCAAGGGAGUGGGGAUUUUUUCAAGUGAUAAACCAUGGAAUGUCAAUGGACGUGUUAGAGAAGAUGAGACAAGAGCAAGUUAGGGUUUUUAGAGAGCCUUUUGGCAAGAAAAGUAAGUCGGAGAAAUUCUCCGCCGGGAGUUACCGGUGGGGAACGCCGUCAGCCACUUGUCUCCGGCAGCUUUCUUGGUCAGAAGCUUUUCAUGUUCCCAUGACAGAUAUUUCAGACAACAAGGACCUCACUAUUCUCAGCUCAAUAAUGGAGAAAUUUGCUUCGGAAUCGGAGGCUCUAGCAUAUCUAUUGGCAGAGGUUCUUGCAGAAAAAUCAGGACGUAAAGCAAAUUACUUCAAAGAAAACUGUGUGAGAAAUACAUGUUAUCUAAGGAUGAACCGUUAUCCACCUUGUCCGAAACCAUCGGAGGUGUACGGGUUAAUGCCACACACGGACAGUGAUUUCCUCACAAUCUUGUAUCAAGAUCAAGUCGGUGGACUCCAACUCAUCAAAGACAAUAGAUGGAUCGCCGUUAAACCGAACCCUAGAGCUCUCAUCAUCAAUAUUGGUGACUUAUUUCAGGCAUGGAGCAAUGGCAUGUACAAAAGUGUGGAACACCGUGUGAUGACGAAUCCGAAGGUGGAGAGAUUCUCAGCGGCGUAUUUUUUAUGUCCAUCAUACGACUCCGUUAUAGAGUGUUCAAGUGAUUGCCCUACUUACAGAAACUUCAGCUUCAGAGAAUUCAGACAACAAGUUCAAGAAGAUGUUAAGAAGCUUGGUUUUAAAGUUGGUCUCCCUAGGUUCCUUAAUCAUCUCUAUUAA